GUCGGUCGACGCAUGCGCAGUGUCUCCUCUGUGCGCUCUACUGUUUGCAUUGUGUCUCAACUGCCGGCGAGCUUUAAAAAAAAAAAAAUAUCAAACCCAGCGAGGCAAUGUCGGGCAGGUCGGUCCGAGCGGAGACCCGGAGCAGGGCGAAAGAUGACAUCAAGAGGGUCAUGGCCGCUAUUGAGAAAGUACGAAAAUGGGAGAAGAAAUGGGUGACUGUAGGAGACACGUCCCUUCGUAUCUACAAGUGGGUGCCGGUGACAGAGCCCAAAUCAGAUGAUAAAAACAAGAACAAGAAGAAGGGCAAAGAUGAGAAAUACGGCUCAGAGUUGACGACUCCAGAGAACAGCUCCUCUCCAGGGAUGAUGGACAUGCACGAUGACAACAGCAACCAGAGCUCCAUCGCUGACUCAUCUCCAGUCAAACAGGAAAACAGUUGUAGCACCAGUCCGGCCCCGGAGCCCAACUCUGCUUCCCACCGCGAGAACAGCGAGGCCAAGACUGACCAGAGCCCAGACAGCAAGAGGGGUAAAACUACUCCGUCAUCAGAGACCUCAGAGAGAGCACAAAGUGCCAAGAGAGACAGUCUGUCCUCAGCGGAGAAAGACUCUUCAGACAGCAAAGCCACUCAGGAUCUAGAGGAAGAAGCCCCGCCCAGUAAGAAGACCAAACUGGAGUCCUCGUCUCAGGACUUUGAGGAGAGUUAAAUGUUUCGGGGCUGAGUGGUUUUCUCUUUCUUUCUCUCUCUCUCUCUCUCUCUCUGCUCCUCCCUCCAUUAACUCUACAUCAUUUAGGGCUAAU